CUCUCCCUCUCUCUCCUUUUUCCAGCCAGAGCCGUCGGCGGGUCGAGCUGCACGCCGUCACUCACUGGUCCUUCGUCCGCAGUCUGGUGCUGUGGUCAUCGGCGCACUUCUGCCAGGAAUGUUUUAGAGUCGGAUACGGAGAGGUGGGCAACCUCUAGUGCCGGAGGUGGAGGGCACAGAGACGCCAAACAACUCUUAACUCGCCGAAAUCUUCUUCGCAUUGUCAGAGCCGUGCUCGGAGAAUAUCCCUGUUCUCUAAUAAUUUCCUCUUUUCUUCACAAGGAGGAAGUGGGUUCGGCUCGGCUCGCCGAACCAGGCUUCGCGGGAUUCCUCCAGCACGCGGAAAACUCGUCAAACUGCUUCACAAUUGUUGCUCCAAAUGCCGACAUUCGCCUGAAUUAUAAUAAGAAAAAAUUCAAUUAAGAAGUGUAGGUCUAAAAGCAGCAACACGAGAAAAAGCAGCUGAACUGAUCUUUUUUUUCUCGUCCAGCUGCAUUUAAUGACGAUAUUUUCCGUCUCUGAGCAAUGCCACACUUUAGUUAAGCGGACGGGUUGUUUUUAAAGAAAAACCACCAAAGAACAUCGCAGACACGCUUAAUCUUUUUUUUCCGCAAAAAUGCUGCAAGAAAGCUGAAAGAUUUUCCACGGAUUUUCUCUCUCCGAAGAAAGUUCCUGUUGUACCGAGAUUUUAUUGCGGGCUGUUUUUUUUUUUUUUUCUCUUCGCUUUUCGCUGUUAUUUCUACAAAUUACUAAGAGUCUAAGACAGGAGAAGCUGCCUACACUACUCUCUGUGACUGAUCUAGACGGGAUUCCUGUAUUAACACAGAGAGAGAGCUGCGUGGAUUAAUAUAAUUUAAAAAAGAAAGGAAAAGACAAGCGCGCGCGAGCGACACACACGAUCCGUAGGAGAGGCGCAAGACACUGUCCGUGUUUGUCUCCUGCUGCUCCCGUGUGCCGCGCGCUCAUACCUUGAAAUCCGCAUCCAUCUUCAGCACAGUAAGAUAUUUGAAACUGAGGAGAUGCUGAAGAUACGUCCCAUCUUUUGGUAGGGCUUGCUGCUGCCACUGUACAAUGCACUUUAUGACUUUACUUUAAACUUUUACUCUGGAAAUCCUACCACAGCUUAUCUUUGCUAUUGUACCUUACAGCAAGAGUAUUUUUAAUGAAUGAAUGAGUGAAUGAAUUAAUUCCUUCAUUCAUUAAUCAAUCGGUCAAUUAAGCAGCCACCCUCAGUUGCAGUUCCAGUUCUUGUAGGAAAUAACACUGAGAAGUGUCAGCCUUUUAGAAGAAGAAAGGUUCAUAUGAAGCUUUUCUCAGGCACUCUACAAAAGAAGUGGAACUCUUGACUGUUAUCACUAUUUGCGCUUUUCAAUUGUAAAUAAUACUACUACGCUAUAACUGAGCACAAGGGACUCUCCAGAAGAGCGACCUAUCCAAGAUGGCCAACAACACUGCAGACCACCUGCCAGGGAACUCGGUCUCAGAGGGCAACCAUGACACCGACUUUGGCUGCACUGUGAUGGAGCUCCGGCAGCUGAUGGAGCUUAGGGGAAGUGAAGCCGUCAACAAGAUUGGGAGCAGCUAUGGAGAUGUGCAAGGCCUAUGCCGCAGGCUGAAGACUUCCCCCAUUGAGGGUCUCUCCGGCAACCCAGCUGACCUUGAUAAGCGCCACACAGCAUUUGGGAAGAACUUCAUUCCCCCAAAGAAGGCCAAGACCUUCUUGCAGCUUGUUUGGGAGGCACUGCAGGAUGUCACACUCAUUAUCCUAGAGAUUGCUGCAAUCAUUUCUCUAGGUCUUUCCUUCUAUCACCCACCGGGUGGUGGCAACGAGUCGUGUGGCCAUGCAUCUGGGGGCGUGGAGGAUGAAGGUGAGGCCCAGGCAGGCUGGAUCGAGGGGGCAGCCAUCCUCUUCUCGGUCAUCAUUGUGGUAUUGGUGACAGCAUUCAAUGACUGGAGCAAGGAGAAGCAAUUCCGUGGGCUGCAGAGCCGCAUUGAGCAGGAGCAAAAGUUUACGGUCAUCCGUAAGGGCCAGGUCAUCCAGAUUCCCGUGGCAGAGAUUGUGGUCGGGGACAUCGCCCAAAUCAAAUAUGGUGACCUGCUGCCAGCGGAUGGCGUACUCAUCCAGGGGAACGACCUCAAGAUUGACGAGAGCUCGCUUACCGGGGAAUCUGACCAGGUCAGGAAGUCCCUGGACAAGGACCCCAUGCUGCUGUCUGGUACUCAUGUGAUGGAAGGGUCCGGAAGGAUGGUGGUAACUGCUGUCGGCCUCAACUCUCAGACUGGAAUCAUCUUUACUCUACUUGGUGCUGGCAGUGAGGACGAAGAGAAGAAAGUGAAGAAAGGUAAAAAACAAGGAGCCCCAGAAAAUCGCAACAAAGCAAAAACCCAGGAUGGCAUUGCUCUGGAAAUCCAGCCACUGAAGAGUGAGGAGGGUGGUGAGUUGGAGGACAAGGAGGAGAAGGAGGAGAAGGAGAUCCGCAAGGUCAAUGUGACCAAGAAGGAGAAGUCGGUCCUACAGGGCAAACUUACCAGGCUAGCUGUGCAAAUUGGGAAGGCGGGCCUAAUCAUGUCUGCUGUGACUGUCAUCAUCCUCAUCCUGUACUUUGUCGUCGACACCUUUGGUAUCCAGAGGAGAGCCUGGCUAAAAGAGUGCACCCCUAUUUACAUGCAGUACUUUGUCAAGUUCUUCAUUAUUGGUGUAACUGUACUGGUGGUGGCUGUUCCUGAGGGGCUGCCCCUUGCCGUCACAAUCUCACUGGCUUACUCGGUCAAGAAAAUGAUGAAGGACAACAACCUGGUGCGCCACCUGGAUGCCUGCGAGACCAUGGGCAAUGCCACAGCCAUUUGUUCUGACAAGACAGGCACGCUGACCAUGAACCGAAUGACAGUGGUUCAGGCCUACAUUGGCGACACACACUACCGCACAUUGCCUGAAGCAGAUAUCCUGCGGCCAGAGACGCUGGAGCUUUUGGUUAACAGUAUUGCAAUCAACUCAGCCUAUACCACCAAGAUCCUGCCUCCAGAGAAGGAAGGCGGGCUGCCUCGCCAUGUGGGAAACAAGACGGAGUGUGCUCUGCUGGGCCUGGUGCUGGACCUGAAACGGGAUUACCAGGCAGUGCGAGAUGAGGUGCCUGAGGAAAAGCUCUACAAGGUGUACACCUUCAACUCCUCACGCAAGAGUAUGAGCACAGUGUUGAAGAACCCCGACAAUUCUGGUUACCGCAUGUACAGCAAAGGAGCCUCUGAGAUCAUCUUACGCAAGUGCUCCCGCAUCCUGGAUGCCUCUGGCCAGCCUAGGGUUUUCAAACCCAAGGACCGUGAUGAGAUGGUGCGCAAGGUGAUUGAGCCCAUGGCCUGUGAUGGCCUGCGCACUAUAUGUGUGGCCUACAGGGACUUCACCGGUGACACUGAACCCAGUUGGGAUAAUGAGAAUGAGAUCCUGACUGACCUGACCUGCAUCGCUGUAGUUGGCAUCGAAGACCCUGUGCGACCAGAGGUACCUGAGGCCAUCUCAAAGUGUCAGAGAGCUGGGAUCACAGUGCGCAUGGUGACCGGGGAUAACAUCAACACAGCCCGUGCCAUUGCCACCAAGUGUGGCAUCCUGCUGCCUGGGGAGGACUUCCUGUGUCUGGAGGGUAAAGAGUUCAAUCGGCAGAUUCGAAAUGACAAAGGAGAGGUGGAGCAGGAACGUCUGGACAAGGUGUGGCCCAAGCUGAGGGUCCUGGCUCGCUCAUCCCCAACAGACAAGCAUACACUGGUGAAAGGAAUCAUCGACAGCACAGUUGGGGAAACGAGACAGGUGGUGGCUGUUACAGGAGACGGGACCAAUGAUGGCCCUGCCCUGAAAAAGGCCGAUGUCGGAUUCGCAAUGGGCAUUGCUGGCACUGAUGUGGCAAAGGAGGCUUCUGACAUCAUACUGACAGAUGACAACUUCACCAGUAUUGUCAAAGCAGUCAUGUGGGGGCGUAAUGUUUACGAUAGCAUCUCGAAGUUCCUGCAGUUUCAGCUGACGGUCAACGUGGUGGCAGUCAUCGUUGCUUUCACUGGUGCCUGCAUCACCCAGGACUCCCCACUGAAGGCUGUGCAGAUGCUUUGGGUGAACUUGAUCAUGGACACCCUGGCUUCCCUUGCUCUGGCCACAGAGCCACCCACGGAAUCACUGUUGCUUAGGAAGCCUUAUGGACGUGACAAGCCACUCAUCUCUCGCACCAUGAUGAAGAACAUUCUGGGCCACGCUGUCUUCCAGCUUACUAUCAUCUUCACCUUGCUCUUUGCUGGAGAGAAGUUCUUUGACAUUGAAAGCGGACGAAAUGCCCCCCUUCAUUCCCCACCCUCUGAACACUACACCAUCGUCUUCAACGUCUUUGUCAUGAUGCAGCUCUUCAACGAGGUCAAUGCCCGCAAGAUCCACGGCGAGAGGAACGUCUUUGAAGGCAUUUACCGCAACCCAAUUUUCUGCAGCGUUGUCCUAGGAACAUUUUUUCUUCAGAUCAUCAUUGUGCAGUUUGGUGGGAAGCCAUUCUCAUGCACUGCCCUGACCAUCGACCAAUGGCUCUGGUGUAUCUUCAUUGGUGUGGGAGAGCUGCUUUGGGGUCAGCUGAUCUCUGCCAUACCCACACACCGACUGAAGUUCCUGAAGGAGGCUGGCCAUGGCAUCACCAAGGAAGAGAUCCACGAGGAGGAGUUCACUGAGGGUACAGAUGAGAUCGACCAUGCCGAGAUGGAGCUGCGCCGCGGCCAGAUCCUCUGGUUCCGUGGCCUCAACCGCAUCCAGACUCAGAUGGACGUGGUUUAUACAUUCCAGACGGGCCAGACUGCAAUGGCCGGAGCCCUGCGCCGGCAGCCCUCCGUGGUCAGCCAGCACAACGACGCAAAAACCGUUUCUAGCCCCACCCAUGUGGGGAUUUCCUCUUCCUCGCUGUCUGCCAACUCUGCCACAGCUGCUGUGCCAGCCUCCGCCUCCGCUUCCUCUUCCACUGCAGGCAAUUAAAGUGGUUAAUGCUUUCCGUAGCUCCCUUUACGAGGGUCUAGAGAAACCAGAGUCGAGAAGCUCCAUCCAUAACUUCAUGUCCCAUCCUGAGUUUGUCCCCCUGUCUGAGGAAGAGGUCAGGAUUCCCCCACUUGAGGAGAGCAGCGCAGAAGCCGAGACACACCCUGCCUCCUCUAACGAAGAACAAAUCCCUGACCUCUAGCUGCUUCUGCCACCUUCCGGGACCAUUCAUCCUCCAACAUCACUACUAGGGAUCUUCUGUGCAACUCCCCCGACUCCGCUUCCUCAGCCAGGACGCUUGGUCUGAUGACCCUUCUAGUGGACUAGCGGACGUUCCGACACAAUCUGCAGCGUGUGGCACCUCCUGGUGUGUAUGUACUGUAAGUACUGGUGACUACAUGACACACAUGAUGCACAUUAAAAAGGUGGGUGUAGCAUCACUGGUUAAUCCUCCCCUCCACAAUACAGAUUGCUGCCUUUCCCUGUCAAUCUUCACAUUUCUCAUUUUAUCUAUUUAUUUUUGUUUCCAGACUUGUGGUUUCUCCUGAAUUUCUUGUUUUCUACACACAUUUUACUGCCUAUGGUCAACAUACUUUUGAAAAUAUUUUUGUACUUGCAUAUAUACUGUAUACAUACAUAAACAUAGAGAACAGGUUGUGUGUAUGUAUGUGUAUGUACAGUAUAUAUUGUGCAAACGUAUAAUUAAUAUACUUGUGCUAGUAUAUUAACGAAAAACCUUCAAUAAGUAUGUUUAUCAUUUAAAAACCUGAACAUCUGAGACAUGAAAUUAUACCCUGCAAGCUGCAUUUCUGCCUGUAACAUUUACCUCCUUAGAUUUCACUUUUCUUUCUUUUCCCAUUGAGUUUUGUUCAGAGGCAUCUGUGUUUUUUAAGGACAGACAUGGGGAUGUUUAUUAUUUGAGUGAACUGUUAAUGACACUGAAGUGCAAAAAAAGUAUAUAUCCAACAUACUGUAUGUGUUUAUGUGUGUGUAAAGAAAUGCCUAUGCUUAUAACUGUAACAUGUGCAAGAGUGAUCACAUUGUGUAAGAUGAGGCUGAGUGGUGUGAAAGCCACAGAAGCAGGAUGAGGAGUGUCUGCCACCACCCCAUACACUUGGCAUGGAGAUUCUGGUGUUUCACACGGUAGUAAGCGGAGUGCAGCAACAGUUCCUCGAGAUGAACAGAAGUCAUCACACCCGGAGAUGAUGCUCCAUGGUACGAUCCACUCUGCGUACAUUUCGCUAUCAUUCCCAUGCUUGAUCUCAAAAAGGCAAAAUUUGAAACAAAGGGGUAAGGAAAGGUGGGCUGAUGUGUACUAUGUUUGGGGAAAGGAGAAAAUCAGUAAACCAGGACUUUCUUCUGGCUUUCUCAGAAAGUGUGGAGAAAAUGUCUACUUUCAGAAACUGUUUGAAGGAAAACAAAGGAUCCCACAUAGCAUAUUUUUGUUUUCAGUCACUGAUGAAGUGCUACAGAUUCCUCUGUCUGUUAUUCACCUUGCUCCUGUGUACAUUAGAGAGGCACAGGAACUGCACCACAUCACUGCUGUCACCAGUAAAUUCCAUCAGGACUUGGUAUUGAAACCCGAUAUUUCUCCCGUGAGCAUCAUGAUAUCGUAUAGCACGUCUGUGCAUGUUUCAGUGUAAAAAUAAAUCAGUGACAAAGGCAAAUAUGCAACACAAGUCAUUUGUUCGGUCAAGUUAUUGCUCUUUUGGUCAAAUGUAAACGCGGUGUAGAAAAUGCUCUGGACUGCUGGUUAUGUGAGACUGUAACUAGAGGACAUUUUCUUCUCAUUUCCAAUACCUGCAGUACUGCCACGUUCAAACCUUACUUUCAUAUCUAGGCUGAGGAUAGUUGUCAAAGUAAAGUUUUCUACUCUACUACUUAAUCACAGCCAUAUUUUAUAGGUUGUUUAUUUUCUAUCCCAUUGUGUGUUGUUCUUUCCUGCAAGUGGUGUUCCCCGCCAACCGAAACGAGUACAGUAAAGUUUCACUGCCCACAAAUGGACCACUCUGCUGUUCACUGAACAUGAUGAAACUCAGUGCUGGACUUCCCUGGUCUGCUGAUGAUAGGAUUUUCUCUCUGUGUUCUUUUAUUCCUUGGUUACUGAACUGUAAUAUGUAAUUAUUGCAAAGCCUAUUGCAUGGAUUUCAUAUAGGAAACUAACUCAAUGUUUUCUUUUUUUAACAAUUCUUCUGUAUUUUUAUAUUUACAACUUUUUAAUAUUCUAUAUAUCCAUAUAAAUAUAUAUAUAUAUAUAAAUAUAUUGCAUAAACAGAAGAUCUAGGCAUCAUUAGACAAAUUAGAGAAAUACGUAAAGAAGUAAUUUUGCAUUAUAUGUGUAUGUAUAUUACAAUAUGUCAUGUUUUUAAAUUGUUCUUGGCCAUUGAAACUGGCUGAAAAAA